AUGGCAGAUGAGAGGAGGAGCUUCCACCGGAUCUGUGUGUAUGGUGGCAGCAGCUCACAAGUGGAUGGAGCGUAUCUGAAGUGCGCUGCUGACCUGGGAGCGGCCCUGGCCCGGCAUGGCAUUGGUGUGGUCUUUGGCGGUGGCAAGGCGGGCAUGAUGGGCGCCAUGGCAGAUGCGGCACUCGCCAAGGGUGGCGAAGUCAUCGGUGUUAUCCCAAGGAGUUUGGUCGAAAAGGAAGUCGCUCAUACUGGCUGCACCUCUCUGCGGGUGGUGGAAUCCAUGCACGAAAGGAAAGCUCUCAUGGCCGAACUGGCUGACGCAUUCAUCGCCCUUCCUGGAGGAUGGGGUACACUUGAAGAAUUUGCCGAAGUUGCCACAUGGACACAGUUGAACAUUCACUUGAAGCCAGUCGGAUUGCUGAACAAGUGGGGUUUUUGGGAUGAUCUGCUGAGAUGGGUGGAGCAUGCACGCCAAGCAGGUUUUCUUUCCACAACAUCACAGAGAAUGGUCUGCGUGUCUGACAGCCCCGAGACACUCAUCCGAGCGUUGGAAGAAGCUGAGUUGCCCGAUGCCAUGGAGAAGUUGGGUAAGCUCCAGAAGCAAGUGCAGACUGGAAUUCCCGCCACGAACGAUGCCACGAUGUAUCUGAACAAUCUCAGCGUGAUUCUGGCAGUGCCUGUUUUGAUCAUCGGCCUCUUUGCCUUUUGGAGAAGGUCUCAAGUAUGA